ACCAACCUUGGCGCGUGUUACCGCAAGCAUGCCGUUUCCACCUGCAAACCACUCGAGCGCAGCCUUUUACCUCAAACCCCCUUUCUGAUCCACCGGUUCAUGGCCACCGGUUCGCUUAGGAAGAAGCUGAAUAACAAUAAGCGGUCGGACCGCAGGCCAUACAAUAACGCUCCCAUGGCGGCCUCUCGGCCCAGGUCGCUUCCAAACUACAGGAAAACCUCUCUGAUCCUCGCCGCUUUUCUCAUGCUCGGCGUUCUUAUUCUCCUUGGCAUUUCGUCGAACAUGUGGACCACCGUCAGCUAUGCCAACGUCUCCCCUGGAAUUUACUCGAUCGAGGUCGUCCAUGAGUUCCCUCACGAUCCCGACGCCUUCACCCAGGGGCUACUUUAUGCUGGAAAUGAUAGCUUGUUCGAGUCGACUGGGCUUUACGGGAAGUCAUCAGUGCGCAAGGUUGCGAUUCGAACCGGAAAGGUUGAAGAACUUCAGAAGAUGGACCCUUCUUACUUUGGGGAGGGAUUAACUCUCCUUGGUGAAAGGCUAUUCCAAGUAACUUGGUUGAGGAUUGGUUUCAUAUAUGACCAAAAAAAUUUAACCAAAUUUGAGAAGUUCACGCAUCAGAUGAAAGAUGGCUGGGGACUGGCUACUGAUGGAAAAGUGUUGUUUGGAAGUGAUGGCAGUUCAGUGUUGUACAAGAUUGACCCUCAAACAUUAAAAGUUACGGACAGACAUAUGGUCAAAUAUAAAGAUCAAGAAGUGCACAACCUCAACGAGUUAGAGUUUGUAAACGGCGAAGUUUGGGCAAAUGUAUAUCAGACAGAUUGCAUAGCUAGAAUCUGGCCUGAAGAUGGUAGGGUGCUUGGAUGGAUCGUCCUUCCAAAAUUAAGGGAUGGCUUACUAGCUUCUGGGAAUCAUGGUAUAGAUGUUCUAAACGGCAUUGCAUGGGACAGUGACAAAAACCGUAUAUUUGUGACCGGAAAACUAUGGCCAAAGCUUUACGAGAUCAAGCUACAUCCGAUGAAGAAACAGUUCAAAGACGGGGCCAUUGAGCGGCUUUGCAUGCGGAGGCCAUUCAAUUUUUGAAGAUACUCGGCUACUGUUGUCCAAUUUGUGGUAUUGGAAUUCUAAUUCUAACAGUUUUGUGAUUGUAAAAACGCUUAAUCAUAUCAUGAAUUUGGUCACAAAUAAACGUGAAAGUAGAGAAAGAAGCAAAAUUUGGACAAAAA